AUGGAGAGAAUAAUGAGAGGAGAGGUGCAGAGACGUGCUGCUGAUGUAGCAAACAACGGAAACUAUUUGUUUUGACGCUCUGUGUUUAACUCUACCGCGUACUUGACGUUUCUCCACUUUGUUUACUUUUCUUUUGUUAAUUCACGGCGGUUCCGGCGCUUUACGGUCAGAGUCGUGUAUCCCUGGCAACGCGAACAACUGUCCUGCGAAGUUUGGAUCAAGUGUUUCAGCUUCAGCCGGAAAAACAAACUGGAUAUUUACCCGCUCAACUAACGGAACUACUCUGCAGCUGCACGCGAGCGUUUGUGGAGCUAUUUUACACAGUUUUUGUGAAUUUUAACGCUUUUUAAUUGAAAGCCGCUGUUUGGGGAAACGGGACAGCGCGAGACAAUAGUGGUGUGGGAGAGAGCUCGUGCAGGGAGGGGGGAUCGAUGCCUCGCGGGGGCUUUGUUCUGUGCUGUGUGGUGACCUCGCGCGGUCCUGCUGCGGAUAUCGACUGAUUGACCGGUGGAUUUAUGAUCGGUUGGUGAUUGAUAAAGGGACUCGGGAGCCGCAGGAGCCAUGGACGUGACUCUGUCCGAGUUACUGGCCACUUUCAUGGAGUCCCCGCUGGUGGUGUGGGUGCGGACGUUGGGUCCUUUGGGCUCGUGUAACGACGUGGGCUCAGAGGAGCGGGUCAACAUGUUCAUGGAGCUGGUGGACGGCGUCUUCCUGCACAAGAUCAUGACACACAUUGACCCCAGCCCAACCAAUCAGCGGCUGAACAAGAAUGUGAACAAUGAUGUGGCGCUUCGCCUUCACAACCUGACCGUUCUCACCAGACACAUCAGGACCUACUACCAGGAGAGCUUACAGCAGUUGAUAGUUAUGCCCCUGCCCAACAUCCUCUGCAUCGCCAAGGAUCCGCUGUCAGCAAAGAGCAUGGAGGAGCUGAAAAGACUUUUGUUGCUGAUACUUGGCUGUGCUGUCCAGUGUGAGCGUAAAGAGGAGAUGAUAGAGAAGAUCAAGCUGCUGGACAUUGAGACGCAGGCUGCCAUCGUCUCUCACAUCCAGGAGGUGACCCAUAACCAGUUAAAUGUUCUGGACCUGUCCUGGCUGGAGGAAGGAUCAGAGCUCCCAAACGAAGAGCUGGAACCUCUGUCCCGCAACAUGGCGGCGUCGCUACAGCAACUGAUCGACCAGAGAGACAAAGCCAGUGAGGUGAUUGUGGAUCUGACCCAGGAGAGGGACUACCUGUCCAGUCAGCAGCCCCGGGAAGGCUGCAGGAAUCUGGGCAUGAGCAGCCCUGAGCGUGGGCAGAGCGCUGGAGGCGUGGGAGUCAAUAACGGUGGACCAGCUGUGACUGUGUCCUGGCUCACCAAAGAAGAGAAGCAGCAUCUGUCUGUGGAGCUUGCCGAUACCAAAGCUAAGCUCCGCAGAUACAGACAGGAGCUGGAGGAGAAGACGGAGCAGCUGAUGGAUUCAAAACAUGAAGUGGAGCGGCUGGAUCAGGAGUUACAGAAACAGAAACAGGAGAACCAGUCGCUGUCUUGUGAGGCUCGUUCAGUCAGAGUGUACCGGGACGAGGUGGACUCACUGAGGGAGAAAGCGGCCCGGGUGGACCGCCUGGAGACAGAACUGACCAGAUGCAAAGAGAAACUCAAUGAUGUUCACUUCUACAAGACCAGAGUGGAGGAGCUUCGUGAGGACAACAUGACUCUCCUGGAGACAAAGGUGCUGUUGGAGGAGCAGCUGUCAGCCUCCAGGGGGCGCUGUGAUAAGCUGCACACGUUGGAGAAAGACAACCUGCUACUUCGAGCUAAAAUACACGACCUGGAGAUGGAGAGGGACAAUGAGCGUCGGAGGUUAGAGGAGCUGGUGGAGGAGAACAUGCUGCUGGAGAUCGGACAGAAACAGAGUAUGAACGAGUCAGCUCAUCUGGGUUGGGAGCUGGAGCAGCUGACCAAGAACCAUGACAACACUAACACAGAGACUCGUAAGUCAUUGGUCCACGAGCUGAACGAGUGUGUUUCCAGCCGAGUGUUGAAGCUGGAGAAGGAGAACCGAGAGCUCCAGGCCUCCAUAGAAAGACUGAAAGAGGAGAACCACCUCUUGCAGGAGCAGCAGCUCCACACCCAGGAGCUGGACAGGGAGAACCAAGGCCUCAGCAAGAAGUUGGACCGUCUGCAGGGUUUACUGGACCAGGAGAGACUGACCAAUCAGGACAUGGAGUCUCUAGGAGAGGAAAUAUUGAAGGAAAAACAGUGUCUGGAGAGAGAACUGCACACUCUGAGGGCAGAGAAAGACAGACAGAUCUCAGAGCUGGAGAGCGAGAAGCAGCAUCUCGCUGAUGCUGUGGCGUCCCUUCAGGAGCGCGCUCAGUCAAACAGCGAGGCGAGGGUCCGCGAGGUGGAAACAGAAAACCGCCUGCUGCACCAGAACAUCACAGACACCAGCUCCCGACUGGCCAGCUUAGAAACCCAACUCAAAGGAGCCAGUGAGGAGGCAGAGAGGCUGAGGGAGAGGGCCGGGCGCUGUGAGGAGGUGGAGCGAGAGGUAGCGAGGCUGGAGAGGAGCAGGGACGCUCUCAACAGAGAGGUGGAGUCUCUGCGUGCAUGCAGUGAGCGGUCAGAGGCUCUAGAGAAGCAGAUGUCCUCCCUGGAGCAGGAGGUGCACAGGCUGAAACGGGAGGCAGAGGAUGCCCAGCGGGAGCAGCAGCGACUGGCAAGGCAAGAAGCAGAGAACGGCCUGCUGUCGAAGGAGAACCUGGACCUGCGCUGCUCACUCGAAAACCUGCGCUCCUCAACUGCUCGUCUGGCCUCCCUACAGGAGGAGCACACAGAGGCACAGAGACAGACACAGGAUCUGCAGAGGAGGCUGGAGGAGGCCAGAGAGGAGGUGCAAGGAGAGAGGAAGAGGGCAGAGAGGCUGGAGCUAAACGUAGGAGCUCUCAACCAGGAGAAGCAUCGCUUAGAAGAGGAGAUGCAGAGGAGCAAAGAGGAGAGGGAGGAGGAAGAGAGACAGAGGCAGGAGACCCAGGCCAGAGAGGAAGAGCUGAGAAGGGAGGUGGAGGAACUGAAGGAGGAGCGGAGACGGAGGGAGGAUGUUGAAGAGGAGAGGAGGAAGCUCCAGCUGGACUUGGAGCAUUCAGAGAAGGGCAGGAAGCAGCUGGAGAAGGAGAGCUGGAGGAUCCGAACCCAGCUGGAGGGGAAGGAGACGGAGCUGGAGGAGAGAGCCAGGCGAUUGGCCACAGUGGUGAAAGAGGGCGCGGCUCUGGGUAAGGAAGUAGAGAGGCUGAAGGAGGUGUCGGUCAAAGCCAAGGAGCUUGAGAGGGAGAACAAGGAGCUGCAGAAACAGGCGACGAUAGACAAGAGGACUCUGGCCACUCUGAGAGAGGAGCUGGUGUCAGAGAAGCUGAGCGUUCAGCAGCAGAGUGUCGAGUUAGAGAGACUCAAUGAAGAACUGGAGAAGAUCGGACUGAACCGGGAAAAACUACUGCAGCAGGAACACACACUGGAGGACAGCAGGUACAGGCUGCUGGAGUCUCGGCUUGAAGAAACUGUCCAACAGACAAUGAAGAUUAAAGAGGAGAAAAUCUCCUGUCUAGAAAAGAAACUAGAGGAGAGCAACAAACUGAACACUAAGCUACGUGCUGAGCUAGCCACCGGCGAAGGAAAUCACAAUUCCCAGCAGCGCUCAGAAAAUGACCAGGGUCAAGGGUCAGCCACUGCUGAACUGCUACGAAUCAAAGAUCAUCUGAUUAAUGUAGAAAAGAAUAAUGCUUCCCUGCAGACGGAGAGCAGUCUGUUGAAGGGGCAGCUCAAACAGCUGGAGAAACAGAACACAUCUCUGAACAACCAGAUGUUGGCGCUGCAGCGACACACCACCACCCUGCAGGAACAGAAUUCAUCUUUGCACACACAGACUGCUAAACUACAGGUGGAAAACUCCACACUCUCCUCCCAGAGUGCAUCUCUCAUGGCCCAGAAUGCCGUCUUGCAAGGCCAAGUCACCGCCUUGGAGUCAGAGGUAGAGUCGUGGCAGAGACAGCGCGAGGAGGCGUGGAGAGGCCGAGAAAGUGUGCUCAGCGACCAUGACCGGCUGCUGAGCGUUCACGAGAGGCAAGCGCACGAGUACGAGCAGCUCAUCAGUCAGCACGCUGCUCUGAAAGGCAAACAGAGAACGCUGGAGAGCGAACACAGGACGCUGCAUAGCAAGUAUUGUAAUUUGCUGCAGCAGAAGGAAAAAUGGGAGGAGCAGGAGGGGCACGGUCGGAAAGAGAAGGAGGAGUUGAACCAGGAGAUCCAGAAGAAUCGGCUGCUACAGCAAGAGAAUCUACAGCUGAAAACAGAAGUGGACAGAUUAACAGAGAGCCAGUCGCAGCAGUCAGAGCAGUGUGAGGGGCUGCAGCAGCGCAUGAAUGAACUCAAGAGCUCGUUAAGCUCUGCCCAGCUGGAGCAGAGCCGAUGGAUGACACGAUAUGAUUCACUGAUGGAGCAACACCAGGGUCUGGAUCUAACCAUGACCAAACUAGAUAACCACUGUGAGCUGCUAAGUCGAUUGAAAGGGAACCUGGAAGAGGAGAACCAUCACCUCCUGAGUCAGAUCAACCUGCUGAGUCAGCAGAACCACACCCUGCUGGAGAGGAGCAUGGAGAGCAAAGAGCUGUAUCACCAGGAGCAGAAACUCUACAUUGAUAAGCUGAACGCUCUCCGUCGUCAGAAGGAGAAACUAGAGGAGAAGAUCAUGGACCAGUACAAGUUCUACGACCCCACGCCUAAAAAGAGGAGUCAGUGGUCCGGAGCCAAAGCUUUAGCCAAACUCAUCAAGCCCCGAAAGGAGAGCAGCAGGGAGAGAGGGGCCGACAGAGACAAGGAAGCUGCCAAAGAGAGGGAACGAGCAAAGAGUGCCCCCGACAUUCCACUGCCGUCCCCGCCUCCCCUCCUCCCCCCCGAAACCCCACCACCACUCCCCCAGCGCACAGGAAGUGACACGCAGGACAGCGGCCAUGCCCACAGUAACCUUAACAACCACACUAGCAGCACCAGCAAGGGACCCCAGAGUCCAGCACUCACACCCAUCAGCCGAGGUUUGGCUGACAGGGGCCAUGGGCUUUAUCGUAGCAGCACUCCAGGAGGCAGCAAUGAGAGUGUAAAUGGAGAGGAUGGACACGGUCAAGGUCAGGGCCAUAAAGCUCUGAGCUCCACUCCGAGCCAUCAGUCAUCCUCAUUAGGUCUAAAUAACAGCACCAGCUCCAGAAUGGGUCAAGGCCCCGGCCGCAGGCCCCGAGGGCUCUUAUUUGAUGAAGACUCCCGCCACAACACCUCUGACUCUGUGUUUGGUCAACAUGGCAACACGGGAGGUCGCCCAGGGUCAGCAGACUACAGCCACAACACCUCCAGCUCAAACUCACCCGUCAACUGCAGAGACACAUCAGAUCGCCAGGUUCGCUCAGCCAGCCUCUCCAGUGAUGAUGUCAUUGGUCUCAGCCAAUUACAACAGAGUCUGUCACGUAGUUCCACCCUUCCAUACGACCACACGCCUCAGCGGGCCCAACCACAGCGCGGAGGCGGGGUGAGGAGUAAGACCCGUCCAUCCUCUCCUGGAAGUGAGAUGGUGACACUGGAAGAGUUUCUGCAAGAGAGCAACCUGCAGUCACCUCCUAUGGUGUCCACAGGAAGCAGGGAGGACUUGAUGACUGACUACUUCACCAGAAGUCCCGCCCUUUCAGCUCCAGCAAGCAGAGAUCAGGUGACUCCCACCAGCUAUGUCACACCCACUGUACAGUCACCCAGCCAGAGGCCGGGCCAGAGUGUCAAGCCCUCACCUCGCCAGCCUGUCGGCCAGUCCCCAGCCUCGGGCCAAACUGUCACCCAGAGAAGCAGCCAAUCACUGAGCAGAGCUUUCAGCCUAGCCUCAGCCGAUUUGCUGCGCUCUAACGGACCAGACAGUUUCCGAGGAAAUGAAGGCCAAUCAGACGUAGUUGUUCGGAGACAAGGGGGAGGGGCCAGUGGGAGAGAAAGGCCGCUCUCGGCCCGGCUAGCUGGUCCGACCAAUCACCAUGGAGAUAACAGCUUGCUAAACCCGCCUAUUCACCACUCGUCAUCUCUCAACCUGCAGACAGAGAGAUAUGCAGAGAGAGAAAGAGACAGAGGGAGGACUCCUGUCUCUCGGAACGGCCCCACCGCGUCCUCCUCCUACCACCACCGAGGAGAGGUCGCCAUGGUAACCCCCGUCAGGGCCAUGCCUGCCACACGGCCUGACGACACCUCAGAGCAUCAUGGGGAGGUGGCGAGGGAGGGGCGGUCAGGUGACUCCUCCCACUUAAAGAAAGAAAGUGAGAGAUUGAGAUGUGCCUCUGCAGAGCGCCCAAAAAGCACGCCAGCUUCCCCCGACCCCAACAACGACCCCCAGACUGUGUGGUAUGAGUAUGGCUGCGUCUAAACGCUGACACUAAUGCACGUCUAUGGGUGUGGCUAUGUCUAAAGACAGAAAUACUGUAGCUGCACAUGCUGAGUCCAAACCCUCAGACGCAAGCAAUCAGUCUCUGGACUGAGAUGUCUGUAUUGUGGAGAAAUGUUAUGACUCUGGAAGAAAACAUCAACUGGAAACAAAACAAAAUCCUGGAAAGCAAAUCCACGUGUAUACAUAUGUCUACAUAAAGGAGCUCAGCUUGUAUAUUUGGGAACAAACAUUUUUUUUAUAUAAACAACCAAACCUGUUACGCCACCUGCCAAUACAGUUCAUUAAAACAGUCCAUCAGAAAGCUUCCUGAAGCAAAGCAGCUGCACCCAAACAAUCACAUCACGCCUCAAAUCCUGGAUCUGAACUGAAUUUCCCCUUGCAGUUUUUCAUCACAAGCUUAUUGUCUCCAAGGGGGGGAGUGAAACAGAUUUUAGCUCAGUCAUUGAUGGUCUUUUUAAUGAUUUAAAACCCCACAACACUAAAGAUGGUCUCUGCUGGAUUUCAUGGGCCUCU